CUCUGUAACACUGGGCUCAACCGACUCGAUCGCUCUCGCCCAGCAUCUUUGGAGGGGAAGCAGAUUCUCUCUCACACACCCACCCACACACACAAACACACGCACACAGAGAAUGCCUCCUCAUCUCCAGUCGAGCAACUCCGCGCACGGCCAGCUCGCCACACAGCUGAGCAGACGCAGAAAAAGAGAAGCCAGCGAGUUGAGAAAGACUCUCAAGCCUCUGAUGGAGAAACGAAGACGGGCGCGAAUCAACGACAGCCUGAACAAGUUAAAGACUCUAAUCCUGCCCCUCAUUGGCAAAGAUAGUCCACGAUACUCCAAAUUGGAAAAGGCGGAUAUUCUGGAAAUGACAGUGCAAUUCCUGCACAGUUUGCCCAAGUCACCCCUGCACGAUCGCCUGGACAGCUACAGAGAAGGAUACCGGGCUUGCCUCGUACAACUGACCAACCUGCUUCCCUCCUCCGAGCUGGUGGGAAGGGAGGAGUGCGGUUGCCUGAUGGACUACCUGGAGCGAUGCAUGGACCCGCCCCAGCUCUACCACCACCCCAUCUCACAAGCCAGGGUGCCGGCAUGCCCCGAGGGAGCGCCUCAUCCAGCCCCAUCACAGCCCAACGGGCGAGCAGCGCGAACACCUUCCUCGCCCGGCGCCAGCGCUCGCCAGCGGCCCACCGCGACCUCCCGCGACCUGUCUCCCUGGAGACCCUGGUUACCGGCAUGAAGCCAUGAACUAGAAGGACUAUUCACGUGUAUAAAACACUGUACAGAAUUAACUGUAAAAAAAAUGUACAUUUGUAAUUUUGCGUUACAUUUCGUUUUUGCUGUGAAUUGCACAGUUUCUACACAAAACAGAAACUUUCGUUUACAUAGAUCUCAAUGAAUGUCGAAUUAUAUGGGGCACUUUGUAAAGCUAACAUGCCAUCUAUACGUGUGGGAUAAGGGAGUAUAUUGUAAAUUUGGACUCAGAGGUAAUAUAAUUGAGCUGAAGGGGUGGAUGCAAGGGGUUUCUGUAAAUAAAUCGAACUU